GAUCUAUUUGUCUUCUCUUUAUGCCUAAUUAAUAUAUAUCAAAGACUUACAGAUAGCUCCACCGCGAACAACCUCACGCACUCUUUUUCUGAAUUCUGAUCUUCACAUAACUAAUCCGAAAUGAGCUGGUGGUGGGCCGGCGCCAUUGGCGCUGCUAAGAAGAAAUUCGAAGAAGAUGACGCCCCGAGAAGCUUCCAGAGCGUGGCGCUUGUAAUUGGAGUGACCGGAAUCGUCGGCAACAGCUUGGCAGAGAUUCUUCCCCUCUCCGAUACCCCUGGUGGCCCAUGGAAGGUGUACGGAGUAGGCCGUCGUCCCCGCCCCAACUGGAACGCCGACCACCCAAUCGAGUACAUCCAGUGCGACAUCUCCGAUUCCGAAGAUACCCGCGACAAGCUGUCCCAGCUUGCCGACGUCACCAACAUCUUCUAUGUGAGCUGGACUAGCCGAUCUUCGGAGGCAGAGAACUGCGAGAUCAACGGCCGGAUGCUCCGUAACGUUCUCCAGGUCGUCAUCCCCAACGCCCCCAAUCUCCGCCACGUCUGCCUCCAGACCGGUACCAAGCACUACGUGGGCCCCUUUGAGCUAAUGGGCAAGAUACCGGCGCACGAUCCGCCUUUCUCGGAGGAUCUACCGAGAUUAGAUGUGCCGAAUUUCUACUACACCCAAGAGGACAUCCUUUUCGAGGAGGUCGCUACAAAGGAGGGCCUGACUUGGUCAGUGCACCGACCCCAUCAUAUUUUCGGCUUCUCUCCAUACAGCUUGAUGAAUAUAAUCGGAACGCUGUGUGUGUACGCCGCAAUUUGCAAGCACGAGGGAGUUCCAUUGAAAUUUCCGGGAAGCAAAGCUGCCUGGGAAUGUUAUGCGACGGCGUCCGAUGCGGAUUUGAUAGCAGAGCAUCAAAUAUGGGCGUCAGUGGAUCCGUACUCGAAGAACGAAGCGUUUAAUAUCUCUAAUGGGGAUGUAUUCAAGUGGAAGCAUUUCUGGAAGGUACUGGCGGAGCAAUUCGGGAUAGAGGAAUAUGGGUUUGAAGGGGAAGGGCCGAGUCUGGCGGAGAUGAUGAAGAAUAAGGGACCGGUGUGGGAGGAGAUUGUGGGAGAGAAUCAGUUGCAGCCAACGAAGUUGGAGGAGGUCGGAGUGUGGUGGUUUGCUGAUCUUAUAUUGGGCGGAGAGGAUCGCUUGCCUCUGAUGAAUAAGAGCAAGGAACAUGGAUUUUUGGGAUUCAGAAACUCCAAGAAUUCCUUCAUUUCUUGGAUUGAUAAAAUGAAAGCUUACAAGAUCGUGCCUUGAAGAAAAUGAUUGGAUGUAUUGUUGGUUAUGAACUGCAUGUGUAAUAAUCUGGUUUUUUAUUUAAAUUCUUCGAAGAAUCAAAGUUUCUUAUAAAUUUGUAAUAAUGUCUUAUUGAAGACUAUGUAAUUGUUGUUUUCAUAUGGUGAUGGUCAAUAAUACUGGUAAAGUUUCUAAUUGUUGGUUUGAA